AUGUCUCAACCACCAACUAUUAAUGAUUUCAAGCCCAUCUAUAAUUUAAUUAAAUUAGAAUUAGAAAAUUAUGAAGAAAAUGAGCUAGUUUUAAACACAAUUCAUGAUUUAAAGUAUUUUUUCAAAAUUCUGAUAAUUGUACUUGCCGUCGUACUUCAAAACAAAAAGACCUUAGAACUUGUUUUGAAAAA